GGAUCAGUUGCUGAUUCAAAAGGCGGGUGCUGGCGGCGGUGACGGCCGGCAACAAUAGCUACGACAAUUUUUACCUAAUGUUUACGUUACUGCACCAGAGCGCCAGUAUUCUGACCCCACGAUUGUUAAUGGGCCCAUUAAAUAUAAGAUUGAUAGAUUGUUGUUGUCACAGCCAUCAACGCCAGAAACAAGGCACGUUCACAUCAAGCGCGUAUUAUUUCCUCGCAGAUGACCAGUGCUGUCCUGCGUACCGCCGUCCUCGCCGGCGUGGUGGGAGCGCUCACCCUGGGCCAACAGCCCUGCGCUCCGCCGUCCACGUCAUGGGCAGGGCGCCGAGUCGUGGACUUGUCCUUCAGCUACAACGACCGCACCAUCUACUGGGACGAAGACGGGCGCUUUCGCAUCAACGCCACCGUGCAGUCGAACGAUGUCGAGGACUGGGUCUUGAUUGACGAAAUCUCGACGCCCACCCAUGGGGGCACCCACAUGGACGCACCGCGGCACUACAGCAAGCUCGGCUGGUCCGCCUCCGAGAUACCGCUAGACCGGCUCCUCAUGGUGCCCAUCGCGCUCAUCGACGUUCAGCAGGAAGCGGCACGCAACGCCAGCUACCUCAUGCCCAUCACCGAGGUCCUUCGAUGGGAGGCGCAGAACGGCCCACUGCCCCAAAACUGCCUGCUUCUCAUCCGCUCCGGAUGGUCCAAAUACUACAACAACCGGAACGCUUUCUACGGCCUGGACCAGUACGGCCUGCGCCAUUUCCCGGCCAUCGAGCCGGCAGCCGUCGAGUUCCUCACCCGGCAGCGCAGCCUGGCGGGCGUCGGCAUCGAGACGGCUUCGGUGGACUUCUACGGCGUGACGCGGUCGCACCACUUGCUGUUGGCCGCCAACGUGUACAUCCUCGAGAACCUGGCCGACUUGAGCCUCGUGCCCCCGGUCGGCGCCCACGCCAUUGUCAUGCCCAUGAAGAUCGACGGCGCCGGUGGCGCCCCCACGCGCGUCGUUGCGCUGCUGCCUUGAGUGACGGGAGAACGUUUCCUUUCUACAACGUGUUUCGGGUGGGGCAUCUGAAAGAUUCCUACAGCAAAGUGUAAACCAAGCGAGUUGCGCUCGUCGUUCAAAUGGUGGCACUCUGUUCAUAAUACCUGAAAUUCGGAAAAUUCGUGUAUAUUCGUAUCACUGAGGUAUCUUUCUGCUAUGCAGGAAACAACCUCUUAAACUACCUUAGCCCAUUCUAGCCAGGAACUUUGAAACAAUGCUUAGUGUGCGUUCCCAAAUAUGGGCUCAGAUAACUACGUUCCUAAGUGACCAUCCUAAUUCCUGUCCCAGUCCUGAUGUAGACGGCAAAGAAGUGUUUCGGGGAGACAACAUCAAAAUCUACAACGACUCAGUCUAAUAUGCUGUCUCCCGGCACAGACGAAUGCUACUAUGGAGAGCAGCAGAGGGAACUAGAGUAAAGGGAACGCGGUUAACAAGACUUACCAUUGUCUUGAAGGCCUGUAUGCGUGGCCGGUGUGUGAAACCAUAAGCGCCAGAGCUGUUUAAGCUAAGGAGUAAGGCGCAUGCUUAAGGAAGAGACGUGUGGGAGUGGUGAAAAUGCACAAGACUUUCUUAUGUUGUCUGCAAUGACGCAGAAUAAAUAACGUCAUGGUUUGAAAUAAGAAGUCCGCGAAAUAAAUUAACUUUUCUAGUUUUAAUGGCUUUUCCGAAAAAGAGAUCACUGGCACUAACUUUACGGUUUGCUUUUUUUGGACUCAGGAAUUCGAUUCCAAGUGCGAAUAAUCUCUAGGCGUGUUCGUGUUCCAAUACGCCUGCUAGUGCACCGAAGAAGCCAUCUUAUUACACGCCAUGUUAAACAACUUCGUUUGCUGGAACGAUUGGGAACAUACUUUUAGUGUGCUGCAUAAUCGUUGCCAGGAAUCAGUAGUGCGGCCAUGUUCAAAAGAAAAAAAGGUAGAACUCUUCGGUAUAACACUGGCUACGGGCUGCAGGGUUCAAAUUGAGGUAGCCAUGUAAGUGCAGUGCUUUAAUCAUUUAGUUAACUGAUUAGCGCUGAGAGCUGAGGUGAAUCUUCAUGACCGCUACGGUGACAAAGGUGCUCACUAGGGUUGAGGAUUGAGCGAGUUGGUAUUGCAUUCUAAAGCUGGUACAGCGCAACAUCGAAAUGAAGAGACAAUGCGCGCCGCCCGGAUGAAAGAACGGAGCGCUGUGUUCUUUCAUCUGGUCGGCUCGGCUUGUUGCUUCCUUUCUAUGUUGCGCUGUACCAGUUUUAGAGUGAUAAAGGUGAAACUUAUGCGACUGUGCUGCUGUCUUGAAUACCUUAGCUUUAAGAAUUUUUGAAAGCAUCUUGCGAAACAAAUUACCAAAAAUACAUGUUACCCCUCGAAUGGCUAAGCCUGCAUGAAAUUAUUUUGCGACGCAUCUGAGGAACUAUCGCCAUGACACAAAGAAACCACUGAAAUCGGUGGCGUGCUCAAGAGCUUGUAGUUACCAUUAAGUUGUGCAAUUCUAAUGUAAUUACGUUGCAUUAAACACCCUUGCAUUACUAUA